AAGCAGGGCAUCUCCGCCCAUAUAUUACGGCCCGUCAUAGAUUGAGUACUAACGUACUAGAUAAGGAAAGGAGGCCGGCUGGAGAUGGUGCCCAGUGAGUGGUUAUCCGAAAGCGAGGGGGUUGCAAUUUAGUAUAUAUGCACGAUCGACAACCCGCCGACUUCGGUAUUGGCAGCAUGUCUAGACGUGUCUCUACAACCCAGUCUCUGUUUCCAAAGUCAAUCCUUCUCUAGCUCGACGAAUCCAGCGCAGCAACCAUGGUCUCCUUCAAGAUCCUUGCCCUCACGGUUAUGGCCUCCUCUGUCUCCGCCCAACAGCUGUUCUCUUGCUGGUGUGGCCCCAACCAGGGGACAACACGCACCGCUUGCGACGCCUUGCACGACAGUGCAUGGAUGGAAAGUGGCCGCUGCAUCGUUAUGGAGUCCGCUGCCAGGGAUUACUUCAUCAACACUGCUUGCUCCUACGGUCCCGGCAGCGAGUGGUGCGAUACCCGUUGAGGUUGCAAUAUGAGCCCCAGUAAUCUAGGUGAUACCGGGGUGCGGGAAAGUGUACGUGGCAAGAGAUGGAGGGUUUCAAGUGCAUAUAUCCUACUGCAGAGUUGAAAUAGAGCAGUUGAGAAGAAUGGGUGCCAAUUCAAUGAAGACGUGGGCACAGCCUGUGACACCUCGUUCCCGUUCCCGUUCCCGU